AUGCGAGUCGUCCUCCUGCUUUCGGGACUGUGCCUGGUGAGCUGCCAGGAGCCCUGGCCCAGUGACUCCAUCGGCGAGCGCACCGUGGAGCGCAUCUCUGCGGGCAAACGGGCGGGCAAGUUCAUUGCAUGUACGGUCUGCGAACAUGUGGUGCAGUCGGCGCUGCCCAAGACGAGCGAGGUCGACGACCUCAGGAAGAUCCUUGCAUCGGAAGAGUUCGUAGAGCACCUCGGCGAUGCAAAGACGACCUGUGGUAUGAAGCGCCUGGCGACUCUUUUCAAAAGGCUCAAGCUCGAGGUGGCAGCGCUGCCAGACGGCACGGCUGAGCUCAGGGCUACAAAGAGCCACUCCGAGCCCUUCUACGAAGAGAUCAACAAGAGUGAGCUGGCCUUUCACUGGAAGUCCUUCGCAGUGGAGCAUGCCUGUCUGGAAGUCUUCAGACAAGAUGCCGACAGCGUCCACAGUGCUAUGAUGAAAGAGUUCGACAAGCUCGUCGCUGACACUCCCACAGAGGAGCAGAUGGGGUCUUAUGGCCAGAUGUCUGCUGAGCCAUCUGCGCCUCCAGCACCACUGCCUACGCCGCCGUUGGGAAGCCCGGAUCAGCUAAAGCCACAGAGAAGACAGGGAAGUCUCCCUGUCUCUGGCGCGGUCACGCGAAAGGGCUCCUUGAACUCUUUCGAUUUGCCCGGAUCGGCUCCAUACGGGGAUGUCGUGCUCUGCAAGCCUGGCAUGUACAAGACCCUUGCGGCUUCCUUCUUUGCAUCCCUCUUCAUGGUUGCCGGGCUCAUGGCUUGGAGUGUCGCAGAGGCCGGCAUCCCUGGUGUUCCCAGAACCGAUUGGUUCGUUGCCUGUUUCAGGUGUUUUGGUUGGUUUUGCAUAUACUUUCUGCCUGUUCAUAUCAUCGGCAUCUCCAACAUACGUGGCUUUGCCGUCUUUGGACAUGCACCGGGAAACACGAGCCUUGUAUGUUGCAAGACUGCUCUUGGCCCAGUGCUCGUGUCUGACUUUGCGCAGAAACAUGGUCAAGGUGUCUUGAGAGGCUUCUUAGCCAGUUGUUUUGGCCACGGAGUGGGACUGUCCAUCUAUGUGCUCGGCAUCUGCAUUCGCAUGGAGGAUCCCUACCAGCAUUGCGGCUUCAUCCUGAUAUAUGGCGUCGGCCAUGUUGUCGUGAUCGUGUUGAGCGAGAUCAUUGGUGCUCUCUUCGCCCCGCAGCUCGACCCUGCCGUUAAGUCUUACGCGGCCGGAAUGGGUCCUGCUACCUUCGGCUUCAUUCUCGUUGGUUUCUUCCUCGGGACCACGGCCUACAGUUUGGCCAAACGCGUGGUGGGAGCAUGGCUAGGUAUCUUCAUGCCGAUCCUGCUUAGCAUUUAUGAACUGGUCGCGACGGCAAUCAUUGCCCGAGUUUUCUCACAGCAGUUUGUAACCAACAAACCUGUUCGUGAGCUGUAUGUUCAUUCAAACCAGGGCAUCACCGUCUCUCUGGGUGUCGCUCUUGCCCAUGCAAUGGCCGAAGGGGCUCGUUUGAAGUUGAUUGUCGUGGACAUAGCCCACGAAUCCACCACAGAAUUUGACUUCAUACUUCCAAUCUCAUGCGGCAUGCUGUGGAACAUCAUAGCAAGGGUGGGAGGCAUCGAUCGAAUGCUUGCCAUUUUGACAUGUGGCCGUCGAACUCCGACUCAGUGCAGCUUGCUCUUGCAGGAGGUGAAAUAUUGCAUGGGAUAUACGCGAUUCUUCGCUGUAGGUGCUAUUGCCCUGACUCGUCUCUUGAACUGGCAUCCCAUACUGCCGCCGGGUAAGGACGGCAUAGGGCUGGCGCUGGGAAGCCUGUUCGUGGCAGAGGUCAUUGAAGAUAUUCUGAGCUGGGUGUUGGCACGCUUGGGCUGGAGGGUGCAUCCCGAAGCACCGAAUGUCUCAGAUGAAGAGUUAACCUCCCUGGUUACGCGACAGUUGCAGGAUGCUUGUGCAAGCAAGAGCUCAUCGUUCUUCUGA